GUCGAAGUAAAGUUUUCAAAUAGUAUACUUUGCGUCACAACUCAACCCAAAAUCAGAACAUUGUAACAGAAAUAAUUAGGUCUGAAAAUGAACUCAAUAGUGAUUUUUAUUCUGCACUUUUUCUUGGGAAUCACACUCGGAACAGCUAUUCCCAACGAAAUAAGUGUGAAAAUGGCAGUGCCAAAUAAUUCUGUUACUAUGAAAACCGAAGAGUUCCUGCUGCAAAACGAAAAUAUUCCCUUUGGUCUUCAGAGUAUUCCGCAUUACUUAAAACAUCUCAUUACAAAUGUGGACAGGGAUAUCCCGGGAAAGAGAAAACCGAAGAUUACUCAGUACUUCAAGCUGAGUCCAGAAAUGGAUAAUUUGCAGAUGAUGCGGUUUCUUAUCGAGACCUUUGGCAGAUUCAUUGGACUCAUUACAUAGGCGUAGUAUGUUCUUUUUUGAUAUAUUUUCCAGCUGUGAGAAGAAUUCCAACGCGCUCAUAAAUAAGAAAAUGAAAGGAGAAGACGAUGAGGUUUUGAUGAUUUCAAAUGAGAGGAACUUGAUGAGAUUUUUUGGUCAAGAGCAUUUAUUUCGAAUUCAGUUUUGCAACGAGGCCAAAGGAGAAAAGAAAUGAAGUAUUAAAACUGAUAAAUGAUAGAAGAAUUCGUUAAGGAAGAACAAAGAAAUAUGCCACAGAAAGCUUUCAACUAAAGACGGCAAGAAACGAAGAUUUGCUUUCCAAAUAAUAAACAACAGAUAACAAGGUACAUUUAAGGUUUUUUC